CUUUGAUUCUGUCACAUGCAGGCUACACAUGAGCCAGCCGCUAAGGCACGCCAGAUCCCAACUCCCCCGCUCCCUCCUGGCUAGAAAACAGGAGCGGCUGAGCCCUGAGUGGAAUAAGCAAAAAAGGCAGCAACCCUCGCCCACGUCUGCAGACACAGACAUAUGCACGCACAUACCUACAACCAGGGGCAGGGCAUCGCCAGCUUUUAGCAAGCCGGGCUCGCGCGGGCAGUCGCACGUGGGAUUCCCAGCCGACAGCCCAACGCCGCUUUGCUGGAGCUCCGAAGCAUUUGCACCGCGGCGGCCAAGCAAGCAAGCAAGCAAGCAGGCGCGCACACACCGCUUCUGCGAGGGGGAGCAGGAGGGAAAGCCGCAGAGGUUUCCCUGAGCGGUCUCUGGUGGCCAGCAGAAAUCUCGCUCGCGUUAUUGUUUUGACUGCCUGCCUGCCUUUGGAAGUCGAGUCACCCAAACUCCGGGUGCGCGGCGCCUCGGUUUUGCAACCAGGUGAAGGUGACCACGGAAGAGGGCCGCCGGAAGAACCAUGGAUAACAAUUCUGGUGGCGUAAUCCUGUACGUGGGCUCAACUGGAGGUUCCAGCCCAACCCCAGGCAGCCCACCCAGUGGAUAUCUGGUGCCUUCGCCCCAACACUCUCUGCCCUCCUCCUUGGAAGAGCUGACCCUUACCGAAAUCGGGGCUAUCAAGCCCCAAACAGCCAGCUCCCCCUCCUCACCCAAGGUCGCCUUCCAGUUCCCUGAGGCAGUUCGCUACUCCAACAAAGGCCCGUCACCUCCAACGCAGAGCAGAGUGCCUGCUGCCAAACAGAACGGAGCUACCGGCACCUUUACCAAAACUGGAGGGAUGGUGCUACUUUGCAAGGUCUGCGGUGACAUUGCCUCCGGCUUCCAUUAUGGUGUCCAUGCCUGUGAAGGAUGCAAGGGGUUCUUCCGCCGGAGCAUACAGCAGAACAUCAACUACAAGAUGUGUGUCAAGAAUGAAAACUGCAUGAUCAUGCGGAUGAAUCGCAACCGCUGCCAGCACUGCCGUUUCAAGAAGUGCUUGGCAGUGGGCAUGUCAAGAGAUGCCGUUCGCUUUGGGCGCAUUCCCAAGCGGGAGAAGCAACGUCUGCUUGACGAGAUGCAGAGCUACAUGAACAGCUUGAACGAGGCCCCCAUGGAGGUCAGCCUGAGUCCAGAGGCGGAUGCCCCGCCCAGCCCGAACAUACAGGAGGAGGAAGCAAUAAAUGCCAUCUCGAGAGCAUACCACGAUAUCUUUGUAAGCGGGCAAGACCGCCUCUGCAAGCACGGAGGAACUCCAGGGGUCGAGGCCUGCCCCUUGAGCAACUAUAAUGACCAGCAGCUGAACGGUUCCUACGGCUACGGGCAGUACGAGUCGUCUAGCUUGCGCUUGUCCAACUACGGCCCUCAGGAAUCGCCCAGCUACGUGGAGAAUAGUUCCCGCAACUUUGGCAACGAGAUCUUCCAGGCCCAGCAGGCUGGCUAUCUGCACAAUGCUGGGCGUUUUCCAGCCUUUGACUAUGGCUAUCCAGAAACAAAUGCCCAGAGGGGCUGCACUUGGCGGGGGACAACCAGCAGAGGCAUCGCGUGCCCUUUGAACGCCAUCCCGUACAGCAGCAAUGGUAAAAGCAGCCAGCAGGUGUGGGAGGAGUUUUCACAGUGCUUCACACCAGCAGUCAAGGAAGUGGUGGAGUUUGCCAAGAGCAUCCCAGGCUUCCAGUCGCUCUGCCAGCAGGACCAAGUGAUGCUGCUCAAAGCCGGCACCUUCCAGGUGAGUCUGUCAUCCUCACUGCAUGUGCUAAUGACAAGGUGGAGUUCAUUCUGAAUAAUGCCACUUCUGCAAGGAACAUAACUUAUAGAAAUCAAGCUAAUGUGCAUAUUGUUUUUUUUUUUCUGUAGUCAAAUGUUAAAGUUUUCUGAACGACAAGCUUUGGGGAUAUGCAGGGGCUGGGGUUCCCAACAAGGAUUGCUGAAGAUAUAGAUCUGGAGAACCAGGUUUCCUUCAUAA